AUGCCUUUCGCGCGCAUAGAUGAGAUGGGCAUAAUUCUCCACUACACCGAUAGCGGCGCUCCUCCAGGAGCAUCGGAUUACACCACCGUCGUCCUUGUCCACGGGGCGACCAUUAACAGCGGGAUCUUCGAGCGCAUGUUUCCCUACGCCACAAAACACGGCCUGCGCCUGAUCGCCAUGAACAUGCGCGACUACGCCGGCUCGACACCGUACACGACUGCAGAGCUUGCGGCAUUCGUGGGCGACGAUGUCGAGGUGCAGGCCUCUGCGGUGCGUAGCUCGGGACGCGAGCUCGCUGGGUUCCUCGUGUACGUGUGCCAAGUGCUCAAGAUCCCCGCGCGGACGAUGCGCGACGGGAAGGCGUAUGGCGGACUCGCUUUCCUGACGUGGUCAUUUGGCACCAUGGGCCUCCUCUCCAUCUUUGGGGACCCCAAGACCCUGGACGACGCGCAGAGGGCGGCGCUCCAGCCGUACCUCCGCACGGCAUUUGCCCAUGACCCUCCAGCGUUCCUGUACGGCGAAGACCCGGAUGUGGGGCUGCCCACGCCCUUCAACGACCCGACGGUUCUGGACGGAGAAAUGCCCGCAGCAUUCGGCAGCUGGGUCUCGGGCUACUACACCGCCGUGCCCGACGUCGCGCACAUCACGCCAGAGGUUCUCCACGCCCGCAGAGAGGAGCGGCCCCCGACGCUGCACGCGAUGGCAGCAGAAGAUUCUGAGCGCAUCUUCGAGCCGGACAACCUCUUCCGCGCGUGCGCCACCGCCAUGCAGGUCCCGCUGUCUGUCCACAGACACCAGUUCCACCGCACACUCUUCGACACAGAUCCCGUGUUCCCGGACGUGAAGGUGGUUGCGCUGUGGUGCGACCGCGCCCCCUGGCCGACGGUCUGGUCGGCAAAAGUUCUGCACGAGCUCCUGCAGGAGCAGACGGCCCCUGGGCAACGAAGGCGAGACAUGUCGCUGGUCAAGAUUGAGGGCGCCAAUCAUGUUUAUCACUGGGAUGAACCCGAGCGUAUGGUCCAAAUCCUGUGUGAAAACAUCUAAGUAGUUCCGGGAUUCCGGAUAGCCUGGAUCGCCCUGAAUAGCUGCUUGCUGUGCGGAGGUGGUCGUGUAUCACCGACAAAAAUGUAUGUAUUUGCAUAUGACAGCCUGGAGACGACUCGUUGGCUUGAAUGACGAGUGUAUCGAGGACUUGACUACAGAAGGCGCGACAUCACACACAUACGUCAUUAACGAGAACAUCACACAAACAAAGUUCAAUAAUUUAGUGUGGGCUCUGCCUUACGAAGGGCCUCCAGUAUGUUAUCACGAGACCAGCAGCCAUUUACAGCCGCAGUGUCUUGGGGAGACGACGCGACCAUGUCCAAGUCGGAAGAGUAGUUGCGGAGGAGGAGAACGGCAGGCGAGACAGCAUCGAUCCACGCCUCGAACCAGGGCCUCCACGGCUCGAAAAGAGGUGUCAUCGGCACGCCAGGAAGCCCCUUGGCCCAGCUACAGCGCGCAUCCCGAAGGAGCUCGAAUUUGAUCACGGCCAACAUCUGAAGGGGGCCAAACUCCCAAUCUAGCACCUGCCGGAUGAUGCGUUGUUUGAGCCGAGAGGGCGGCUCCUCGCACAUGAAGGAGCACCAUAGGGCCACGUACAGCAACGACUCAUAGUCGUGCCGCAGGCGAUGUACGAUAGGUCUCUCGUAGAUAGUGUGCGGCUCGUUGAGGGUUUCCCAGGACGUGAAUGGGAGUGUGCGAGCCCUGUGGCGCUUUGAUGUCGCGUCUGCUAUCGGUGUCCCGCUAGCUGUCACUCUUGUAGCAAGGUCGAAGUCGUUGAGCACAAAUAGGGGUUUGCCAUCAGGCCCCUCUCCAGCAACGAUGAUAUUGCUGUAGUUGAUAUUUUGAUGCAGAACUCCUGCGUCAUAGAACAGAUGGUGAAGGCC